GUUAAUUUCACUAAACCUUCAUAGCCUCAUGUGGGCCUAAUGAGACUGUUGUGAAAAACGGAUACACCACCGAUGACAUUGAGUUUUACUGGCGUGGGGAUGAUAAUGCAGUAACAGGAGUGACAAAGAUUGAACUUCCACAGUUCUCCAUUGUUGAUUACAAACUUAUCACCAAGAAGGUUGUUUUUUCCACAGGUUCCUAUCCCAGGUUGUCCCUCAGCUUUAAGCUUAAGAGAAACAUUGGUUACUUUAUUCUGCAAACAUAUAUGCCUUCCAUCCUGAUCACUAUCCUCUCCUGGGUCUCCUUCUGGAUUAAUUAUGAUGCAUCAGCUGCAAGAGUGGCAUUAGGAAUUACAACUGUUCUUACAAUGACUACGAUCAAUACCCACUUGCGGGAGACUCUUCCUAAAAUCCCUUAUGUGAAGGCCAUUGACAUGUACCUGAUGGGGUGCUUUGUCUUUGUUUUCAUGGCCCUUCUGGAAUAUGCUUUGGUCAACUACAUCUUUUUUGGGAGGGGACCCCAGCGCCAAAAGAAAGCAGCUGAGAAAGCUGCUAGUGCCAACAACGAGAAGAUGCGCCUGGAUGUCAACAAGAUUUUUUAUAAAGAUAUUAAACAAAAUGGGACCCAAUAUCGAUCCUUGUGGGACCCAACUGGAAACCUCUCCCCAACUAGACGGACUACCAAUUACGAUUUCUCUCUGUAUACGAUGGACCCACAUGAGAACAUCUUACUGAGCACGCUUGAGAUAAAAAAUGAAAUGGCCACAUCUGAGGCUGUGAUGGGACUUGGAGACCCCAGGAGCACAAUGUUGGCCUAUGAUGCCUCCAGCAUCCAAUAUCGGAAAGCCGGAUUACCCAGGCAUAGUUUUGGCCGAAAUGCCCUGGAGCGACAUGUGGCACAAAAGAAAAGCCGCCUGCGGAGACGCGCCUCCCAACUGAAAAUCACCAUCCCCGACUUGACUGAUGUGAAUGCCAUAGAUCGGUGGUCCCGCAUAUUCUUCCCCGUGGUCUUUUCCUUCUUCAACAUCGUCUAUUGGCUUUAUUAUGUGAACUAAAACAGCCCCCCAUGGGAAGCAAGGACUAGAUUCUUCCUCAAACCAGUUGUACAGCCUGACGUAGGACUUGGAAAACACAUCAAUCCAGGACAAAAGUGAUGCUAAAAUACCUUAGUUGCUGGCCUAUCCUGUGGUCCAUUUCAUACCAUUUGGGUUGCUUCUGCUAAGUAAUGAAUACACUAAAGUCCUUGUGGUUUUCCAGUUAAAAUGCAAGUGAUUUGUACACAUGCUGGCAAGACUGUCUGAAUGUUCCACUUUUUCUGCUUAUGCAGCCUAUAUAGAGGGCAAUUAUUUAGAAGAUAUUCUUAGAGGGCUCAGUAGCAUUGCCAGUCAUUUUUCUGAGAAGUGGUCAUAUCCAGAUAUUCCCCAUCUUCAUUUCUAAGGUUGGCAUGCUGUUGAGAUGGCACUGUGUUUAUGAAACAUUAUCUGCAAUGCCAUGCAAACAUGCUUACUGAAGAUGGCCUAUGCCUGUCUUAAGGUGAUAAUGGUGUGUCAUGGGAAAAUAAUUCCCACUGGAUUCUGGAAGUUUCUCAUGUAGUUCAAACAGGAUAGGGAGAGUGAAGGCACAUACUUGGUAACCAAUUUGGCUAGUCUCUGCUUGAGCAUAGGGAGUCAACUCUGAUGUCUUCCAUUUUGGCAUUUAGAAACUGGGGACUACUGAACAUCAUCAUGCAUGGUGGCCAAGAAAUGUUUCUAAAAGGCUAUUUCUAGGUGGUUAAAAUAAGA